AUGCAGCAUUCGCAACUGGCCCCGCUUCCGAGCGACGUGCCGUUCCGCAUUGUUUCCAAAACAAUCGGACAGGGAGCAUAUGCUUGUAUCAAAAAGGCCUGUCCUUUGGACUCCGACAACCCCAUCUUCGCCGUCAAAUAUAUUCACAAGGACUAUGCUGCGCGUCAUGGCAAGAUCAGUGCGCGCCAGCUGCAGAUGGAAGUGACGGUACAUCGUCACGUCACAGGCCACAAUAACAUCAUUAGCUUUUACCAGACCGGCGAGGAUGACAUCUGGCGAUGGAUCGCGAUGGAGCUGGCCGAGGGUGGUGAUCUCUUCGACAAGAUCGAGGCGGACGAAGGUGUCGGGGAAGAUAUCGCGCACGUCUAUUUCUCGCAAUUGGUCGGCGCUGUGAGCUUCAUGCACUCCAAGGGUGUGGGCCAUCGUGAUAUCAAACCGGAGAAUAUGCUUCUGACGGCCGACGGAAACUUGAAGAUCGCGGACUUCGGUCUAGCGGCACUUUUCGAGUACAAGGGCGCCCGGAAGCUGUCAACGACCUUCUGCGGUAGCCCGCCAUAUAUUGCCCCCGAGGUGAUUACCUCUAGUAACCGGGGCUCGAACCAUCCCAAGGGGACCGGUUAUCAUCCUGACUUGGUCGAUAUCUGGUCCUGUGGUAUUGUCCUUUUCGUCCUCCUGGCGGGUAAUACGCCCUGGGAUAGCCCGACAGACGAUAGUUACGAAUUUCACGAAUAUCUCGCGACAAAUGCACGAACCACUGAUGAGCUUUGGCAGAAGCUGCCCCUAGCCACUAUAUCGCUACUACGGGGCAUGUUGACGGUGGAUCCCAAGGCGCGCUUCUCGCUGGAAGAUGUGCGAAGACACCCUUGGUACACGCGAUCGAAUAAAUAUUUGUCCACUGAUGGCAAGCUACGAGACCCAAUCAACCUUGCGACCUCUAUGUUUGAGUCGCUACAUAUCGAUUUCAGUCAAGAUCCGCUCUCCCAGAAGCGCAAGGGUGCCAGCCGGAGCUUUGACGCAAUGGACAUGGACAUGGAUGACAAUAGUGAUGCGGCAGCAGCCAUGUCUUCUACACAGCCUGAAAUGGCGGGCGGUGGUAUGGUAAUGGAUUGGGAUACCCCCGAUCUUGCCUCCGAGUUCUCUUCAACCCAGCCCGCCGGCAAGCAUUUUGCCUCUCAGGAUAUGGCGAUGAGCCAUCUCGAGGAUGAACCCUCGAUGUCGCAGUUCUCCCAACAGCCGUCCGUUCCUGUGAGCCGCACACAAAACGCCCAGAAGUUCCAGGAUAUUCUUCCAUCCCGCUCGAUGACCCGCUUCUUCUCUUCCUGGGAGUUGAAACUUUUGGUUCCCUUGAUUUGCGAGGCCCUGCACCGAUUGGGGGUUCCAGUGCCGUCUGUUCCCGCAGUCAGGACCGGUGAUACGUCUGCGAUGAUCCGUCUAAUUGCCAAAGAUGGUAGAGGGUGUCCACUCCAAGGGAAAGUCCUUCUCGAGUGUGUCGCGGAGGGUGUCUUUGAAGUCGAGCUCGUCAAAUCCAAGGGAGAUCCCUUGGAAUGGCGCCGAUUCUUCAAAAAGGUGGUCGUUCUUUGCAAAGACGCUGUAUUCAAGCCUGAGGAAUAG